AUGCAGCUAUUUCACACACUUCUAGUUCUGCUCGCUAGCACCCUUGCUACUGCACAGCUCCCAAAUAUCCCUUCAUGCUCUAUAAACUGCUUCAUCAGUGCAUUUCAGCACGAUGGAUGCUCACAGUUGACAGACUUUGCUUGUCAUUGCCAGAAGCCAGAUCUUCCUACCACCAUAACCCCCUGCGUUCAAAAAGCAUGCAACGUUGCCGACCAGUCUGCUGUAUCUAGUGAAGUCGUCCGACAAUGUUCCAUUGCAGGCCAUCCUAUUUCUAUCCCUCCAGUGGGCGGUGGCCUCGAGACUACGACCUUGUCUAUGCCCAGGACUUCCACUACUGAUUCAGAAGCUGUCUCAUCAAGCGCUGCAUCAGCGACGCUUCCGACAGUAUCCUCCUCCGGUGCUGCAUCGUCUUCCAAGGUGUCGCAUUCCUCGUCCGCAUCUGCAUCAGCGUCGGCAUCUAGCUCCCACGCUCCUUCAACUCCAGGCUCACACAGUCAGUCUGGUCAUGCAUCGUCCACAGCAUCUCCAUCCUCCCCCCUUUCAACUGGCUCUGCGUCAACUGUAAAGGCGGGUGUAGCUGGGGCUAUGGUUAUUGCUGCUGCUGCAGUGUGCGUGCUAUAG